AUGGCCCCAAAACCCAAAUCCAAAAAGCCCGACCCAAACCCGCAACCAAAAACCACAACCCCAAACUGGCCACCCCUCCGCCCACUCCUCCCGGCCACCGAUCUAACCCUGACCCCCGUCCUCCCGGACCAAAUCUACCUAAUCCGCAAUUUCCUCCCAGGCACCCUCUGCAAAACCUACACCUCAUUCCUCGCCUCGCUACCACUAACCACAACACCGGGCGCGCCCAAGAAAGACGAGGCAUUGCGCGUCAACGACCGGUUCCAGAUCGACGAUGCGCGGUUCGCGGAGAUGUUGUGGAGCACGACGGCGCUGAAGGAGCUUGUCACGACGCGAUUUGACGAAGACGAGUCCGACGAAGAUGACGGUAGUCACUCGCCUGCUCUCGGUCUUGCUGAACGCGCGCGACAACUCUGGGGCGGGGAGCCGUUGGGGUUGAAUCCUAAUAUUCGCAUUUAUCGAUACUCUGCAGGACAGUUUUUCGGACAACAUUACGACGACGCCAACAAUAUAACCCUCCCCCCACCGAACUCACGCUCAAAAGCAACACCCGCGCGCACGACCUGGACCCUCCUGAUCUACCUGACGUCCUGUACAGGCGGUGAAACGAUCUUCUACCCGGAGCCGACGCGCGCGAACCGUCAUCCGGAGCCGAUAGCUGUUGCGCCGGAGGUUGGGAUGGCGCUGUUGCAUCGACAUGGUGAUCAUUGUAUGAUUCAUGAGGGGGCUGAGGUUACUGGUGGGGAGAAGUGGGUUUUGAGGAGUGAUUUGGUUGUUCCUAGGUGA